AUGUCUGAACGCAACCCUGCACCACCGUCUCCUCCCCUUCCACAGCACCGCCGUCGCUCGUCCUUUGUCGAUAUGUUCAACCCACGAACAAACUCCUCUCCCUCUUCUCUGUCCUCCUCCCCUCCCUCCCCGGGUGUUCCGUCCUCUCCCACCGUUCCACAGCACCGAAGAGGCACCUCGAUCACUGCUCUUGGCCUGACCACGAACCCCUCCAACCACACCCCCUUUGCCGCUUUCGGACUGCAACGACGAGCGAGUGUCGCCACCUCGUCCAUGUCAAGCUCCCCAGAUUUCAAAAACAGUUUCGGAGACGAGCCUGCUGUUCUUGAAGAGGAUGACCCCUCGCGGGCCACGGUACACCCUCCAUCCUCGCCAUCCUUUGCUAGACGGGUCAGUUUCGGCGCACAAGCUUUAAGAGAUGUUAGACUAGGAGGGAGCCCUGGUGCUGCUGGCGGUGGUAGGCGCCCCUCCUCCUCCCUUUUCACUCUAAAUGAGAAGUUCGAAAAUGCCAUUCCAUCACGUCGAGCUACGUCGGGGACGGCCAAGACUGCAGGAGAAGGCUUCAAUUGGUCCGAAGCCCUACGGGAUAGAUCGAAACGUUCCCCAUCCUUCUCCUCGGGCAAUCCCUUUAGCCAAGGCGCGACUCGUCCUCGCUCCGCAAGCAUUUCCAAUCCCGAACCGCCAAAAGAAAUCUCAAAGCCCGUCGAGCCGCCGCCUGCCAGGUUGAUGAAGAAACCAGAUGCCCUUGGCGAAAGAAUGCUCCGGGGCGACUUUAUGAUGGAUUGA